CUCCAGAAGGCGUCCCCCCCCAUAUGGAUGUGUGUAAACCCAACCCCAACCGUACGGCCCCAGUGAGUGAGGCUGGGCCCCGGCGGGACCUUCCUCUGUGCUCCAGGACCAACGGGUGGAGCUGGCCUCCACACCCCUUCCAGUUCCUGGCAUGGCUCCUCUACCUCUUCUUUGCUGUCACCGGGUUUGGAGUGUUUGUCCCCUUGCUUCCCUCCCACUGGAUCCCUGCUGGCUACAUCUGCACGGGCAUCAUGUUUGUGUGUCACCUGUUUGUCCACCUGAUGGCGGUUUCCGUCGACCCCGCGGACUACAACGUCAGGGCCAAGAGCUACCACGGACCCGUGCCCGUGUUCGACCGCACCAAACAUGCCCACGUCAUCGAGAACUGCCACUGCUACCUCUGUGAAGUAGACGUGGGGCCCAAAUCCAAACACUGCAGUGCCUGUAACAAGUGUGUUGCUAGUUUUGACCAUCACUGCAGGUGGCUCAACAACUGUGUGGGGAGCAGGAAUUACUGGCUCUUCCUGAACAGUGUGAUCUCUGCUCUGCUGGGUAUAUGCCUGGUGGUGGUCAUCGCCAGUUACAUCUUCAUCGAGUUCUUCUUGGACCCCUCAAAGCUGCGCACUGAUAAACACUUCCAAGUGAAGAAUGAGACGGUGGUGUGGUUUGUUUUCCUGCCCGUGGCUCCGGUCUCCACAGCAGGUCCAGCCAUCCCUGCCCUGGCUGGCAUCACCAUCGCCCUGGGCCUGCUCUCUGCUCUGCUGCUGGGACAUCUCCUCUGCUUCCACUUCUACCUCAUGUGGAACCGUCUGAAUACGUAUGAGUACAUCGUCAGACAGAGGCAUCGCCAGGAGCCCAGAGACAUCAGUAAAGGACUACAGGGGAACCAGGCGGCGCCUCCGAAAACCAACCUCAUGAAGGAUGUGAGCUACUCAGGGACGCUGGGCUAUACCAACCCUGAGAUGGAGGUGGAGGAUCCUACCACCAUGGCUGCAGCGCGGGGGGGUCUAGAGUACCAUGGCAACGGCAGAGUGCAUAGUUCAUCCAGCAGAAUGGCUGAAGAGGAGCAGUUACCCAGUGUCUCUCCUGAGCACAGAGCUGCACCACGGAAACACAUCCAGAAGAAGAAGAAGAAGAAAGUCCACAAAGUACCGGCAGAGGUGAUCAACGACCGAUCCACUGAGACCAGCAGAGACCAGAACCACAGAGACCCAGCCUUCAACACUACAGAACCUGUGAACUCCUGCGGUGUAACUCCAGUCCCCACGUCCGUGUCCCACCUGACCAGCUCCCUGAGCCAGCACCUCUCCUUCCCCCUGCGGGCCUCCCUGCCCCCCCCUAGCUCCCUACAGCCUGGUCUCCAACCCGUCCCCGUGCUGCCCGCCGGGCCCCCUGCUGAGUAUCACUCUGACUCUGCAGAGUCCCUGGAGGAGAUCCCCGUGGCGCUGGCACGACUGGGCACCUCCGCCAUGGCAGGAACGUCUACGGGUAGGACCGCUGCUGCUGGAUCGUCUUCUCAACGCUCUCUACUGCUGCCUACAGCCCGAACCCAUCCCUCGCCAAAGCCCCGGACCAAGAGGAAGGCCUUCACACACAGCAGCAGGACAGGGGGAGCGGGGGAGCAGAGGUUUGAGAUGGCCUCCCAGCCUCCUACGGUCUACGUUAGUAGGAGUAGUGGACAGCCGGGGGGAGGAGUCCAGCACCGGGACAACAAACCCAGCAGCAGGCAGGCCAGUAGGAGAGGCCUGGAGCAGCCUGGUCCUGGGCCCAGCUCCAACCAUAGCUCCAGGGCAGGCACCCCGAUGGCGUAGACUAGCUCCCCCAGGAUGGGCAACUGCACCCUGGGCCCCAGGAUGGACCACUGCAUCCUGGGCUGGACCCACCACUGGGUCCUGGCUGCAGGGCUGGCUGGUUGGUUGGCUGGCUUUUUGUGUAACUGACUGACUGGCUGGCUGGCUGGCUGGCACAUUGUUACCUUGACGACUAGGAUACACUGCUUUUGAGAGAGAGAGACAAUCCCUGAUGUAUCAUUGAGUGUUGAUACAACCUAUGCAACUAGAUAACUCAGCAGAACAGAAUGGACUGACUGACUGACUGACUGACUGACUGACUGACUGACUGACUGACUGACUGUCUGACUGACAC